CCGCGCCCGGCGCGCGCUCGACACCGCCUCGCGCGCCGCGCUGCGCCUCGCCGAGCAGCGCUGCGCCCGCCCGCGCGCUCCCCGCGCCGCCUCGUCGUCACGCUGCCCGCGCCGCCCGCGCCGCCCGCCGACCCGGCGCCGCGCUACCGCCCCGCCAGCGACCACUUCCGUCUGCGCUCGCUGGACACGGACUCCGGCGCGUCCACGCCGCUGGCGGGCCGCCCGCCCGCUCGCGCGUCGCGCCCCGCCCCCGCGCCCGCCAUGGACGCCGACAACCGCCACUCGACCAGCCCGGAGGACUGCUCCGAAGGCAACGAGACCCUGUCGGCACCCAGCGAGUUCCUCGCAGAGUUCCUGUCGGCUAUAAUGCGUCGGCAGUACGCAGAGGCGCUGAAGUACUGCCGGCUGAUCCUGCAGUACGAGCCGCACAACGCGACGGCCCGCGGCUUCUUCCCGCUGCUGCAGCACAAGGUGGCGGCGCGCUCCGCCAGCCCGCGCGACAGCUCCAGCGAGGACGCCAGCGCGCGCCGGCCGCCGCCCGCCGUUGAGCUGAUGGAGCAGGGCGCGGACUCGUCGCGCUCGGGCUCGCGCUCGUCGUCGCGCGGCUCGGUCGCGUCGCAGUCGUCGCUGGAGCUGGACUCGUCGGGCAGCGCGCCGCUGUCGCAGCGCUCGGACAGCGCGGCCGUGAGCUCGGGCGCGUCGCGCUCGGAGCCCGACGACAACGGCAACGAGCCGGCGCUGGCGCGGGACCCGGCCGCCGAGCUGCGCCGCCUGCGCGCGCGCUUCACCUGCUCCAUCAAGUGAUCGUUCCGUGUCCUUGUCUACUAUUACAAGCGUCCAUUUUUAGUUUCGA